AUGCUUGAAGUGCAGAUUGAUUCCACGCGUGUAUGCUCUGCCAACUACUUCGAAGAGCCGCUACGUGCACGCGCUCUCGACUGGCUCAUGGCUUGGGUCACUGAAGCUCGAUCGACGCUGCAAAUGCGCAUGGAAGAAGCAAGUGAACUCGAUACCGGCCUGCACUUGAUCGAUCAGAGCACCUACGUGGCCUUGCAUAACCUUGACCUUCACGCUCGAAGUAUCAAGAAGGCUGUGUCGAACCUGGAAACGAUUGCCACGAAGGACUUCUCUUCGAUGAAGGACCUGCUCUCCCGUUACGAGUGGGACCUAGCCGUGUUGCAACGAAUUCACGUGAAUCCCCGCCUUCACCUUCCCAGUGACGUGGAUGAGGAACAUGGAGGCGAUCCUAUCUCUUCUUCACUGACGCUGGCAUCGUUCGUCGAGCCGACGAGCAUAUGCGAGUUGGCUCAGUCGUGUGAGAAGGACAUGCGGGCACUGCAGACCACGUACUCAACCUGCAUGAAACGUGAGCUACAAUUGUCUCUGGAUCUCUUUGACAUUGCAUCGGAAGUCAAGCGGACCGACCUGCGACCCUCUGAGCACUUGUUUAGCAAUAUUCGUUCCUAUUACUCGCAGGCCAUGGCGCUUGCCGAGUCGAUCCGACAGCAAUGCCUCCCUCCAUCUGACCGUCAGCCCAUGCCCGAUACAUUACCCAGUGGAAUACGUGUCCAUCUGAAUCAACUGUGUUCUGAGCUCUCGGCCAUGGAGACAAAGAUGGUCCACAGUGUGGAAGAGCUGGCUGCCGAUCGCAACGAGCUGCAGUGCAGGCACUUGAAUCUUGUUCAAGACAUUGGAAGCCUGCAAAGCGACUUUGCUGAGCUGAGCUCCACGGUGGCACAUAUUGACAUGGCUCUGCAGUCGCCGCCGCUCAAUCGAUUUGACCAGCUGCAUCGGCUGAAACGCAUGUGUUGGGCGUACGGUGCCACUUUAAUUGAGGCUGUGCGCCGCACAGAAUUCGCCUCUCGCUUCUUACAGCAGGCACAGGACGUUGCCGAGCUUAUGGCUCAUAUGUCUGAUUUGGAGAUUGCGCGCCGCAAAACGUAUGCGGCUGAUAUUGCGCCCCUUCUACCGUGGGAUACACGGACGAUGGAGCAGGUUCCACCAGUGCUCGAUAUCACGACGCGACGACGCGACCAGGCGGAAUCAUCAGUAUCAUUCUCACGGAGCGACCUUGACGAUUUCUUUGAGCAGCUCAGGCGAAUUGACGCGGAGCUGCCCCACCCAGAGGGAUCGUGUCUGGCCGUCGAUCUACGCGAAUCGCUUGCGCCACUUUUGCAUGCACUUGAUGAUGGGGAAGCGGAAUUCCACCGCACGGCGCGCAAACAGCUAGGCCUGUCUAUGUUUCCCGAUGAAUCAUCAGAUGAGGGACAUUCGCUUUCCAGCGACACCCUCCCUACCAGCUCGGCCGGUCCUACCGGCGCAUCUCGUGUGGAGUUGUUGGAGAGCCAGCUACGUGCGGCACAAGAACGCAUCCAACGACUCGAGUCGGAACUGACAGCGCGAACAGAAGCAUUGCAUGCGUCGCCGGAUGCAACUUCACGUGCAUGGACAAGCAAGGCUCAUGAGCUCGCCGCUCACUUGCGAUCCAUGGACGGUGAGCCUAAGGCUAAUGUGCUGGAAGCUACCCUCUCUGCCGACGUGGACACGCUGGAUCCUGCCCUGUUCGACGAAGUGCGCCAAAAACUGGACCAGUUGUCCACGCAGUGCCAUGUUUGGAAGCAAGCGUACGAGGGCCAAUGCCACGAUACGCACGCCGAUCAUGCAGCUAAACUCAAUGUGGCGUCCUUUGAGGUGGGAUCCCUGGCCCUAUUUCUUCCCACCAAGCGGCGCAUUGCCAACUCUCCCUUGUGGGCAGCUUUCCAUAUCGGAGCGCCGCAUCACUUUUUGCGCAUGGACGAUGCGUUGGCCCAACAAGUGUCGCAGCGAGAAUGGCUCGUGGCUCGCAUCGCACGACUGACGCGACAUGUGGCGGGCCCAGGCAAUGUAUAUGGACUUUCCCCCGAUACCCCUUAUGCUCUGGUGGACAUUGAUGGAUGGCAGGACCCUGCUGCACUCGUUCAGCCAGCACACCAAACGCUCUCGACGUCGCCGCCAAAAUCUCCUCCGUCAUCUUCACCUUCUCCAUCUAUGCUGUCCCGCUGGCCAUGGCGCCAAGCCUUUUUCACACCUAUGCGUAUCCUUUCUGACCGUGGAACACGAUCGAUGGAGCCGCCGACUGCGUCAACCAGUGGCACAACAACCACUACGGCCAUGGCCGAGUUUGCCCUCCCACGGAGCCCACCCCAGCUAUGA